AUGGAAACGAGACGAAGUUUGCGAGUCAAAAAGCAAGAUUCUGAAGAAAAGGGAAGCAAAAAAAAAUCAACAGAAAUUGCUAAUACUGGAAAAGAAAGCAAAAAAAAAUCAACAGAAAUUGCUAAUAAAGGGAAAGAAAAAAAGCAAAACGAGAGCAAGCCGAACGAAAAAAAGCCAAACGAAAAAAAGCAAAACGAGAGCAAGCAAAACGAGAGCAAGCCAAACGAGAGCAAGCCAAUUAAUAGUGGAACAAAUGUGAAUCGGAAAAAAGUGCAGGAAAAUGAAUCAGUUAAAAAUAAGAAUGUGACAAAACCUCGAAUCGGUUUAAGAAAGCAAGCAAGUAAUAGUGAUAUAAUUAAUUCUAGUGAAUAUGCUGAAAAGGAAAAAGUGUCAGAGUUAAAAAAUGAAAACAAGAUAGUGGAAAAGCCCAGCAAAAGAAAUAAAAGUAAAGAUGAGCAUAAGGAGGCUGGGAAUGCAAAAGCGGGCAAAAAAAUGGAGGAAAAAGCGGGCAAAAAAAUGGAGGCAAAUCAAACAGCUAUAAAUAGAGGCAAUAUAAAUAGAGGCAGUGUAGAUAGAGGCAGUGUAAAUCGAGGCAGUGUAGAUAGAGCCAGUGUAGAUAGAGCCAGUGUAAAUCGAGGCAGUGUAGAUAGAGCCAGUGUAGAUAGAGCCAGUGUAGAUAGAGCCAGUGUAGAUAGAGGCAGCGUAGAUAGAGGGAAUAUAAAUAGAAGCAUUAAGAGGAGAUUGUCCCAACUUUUAGAUCGACUCAAAAAAGAAAAACUGUUUCAAUGUUUAAAUGAUAUUAGUGAUUAUUCGGAGAUAUUUAUUGAUAAUAAAGAAAAAAAAGAGAAUGAAAAAGAUGUAGAAAUUGUGAAAUGUAUAGAUACAUCUUUAACAAAAAAAAUAAAUGUAGAUAUAAUUCAUAGUAAAUUACAUUAUGAAAUGUAUAAAAAUGAAAAUGAAUUUAAUAAUGAUAUAUUAUUAUUAUUUGAUAAUUCUAUAGAUGUAAUAAAAUCAGAAAAAAAAAAAAAAGAAAAAAAAAAAUUAUAUAAUAUAAGACAAACUGCAUUUAAAAAUUAUAUAUCAGAAUUUCAUAAAUUAUUAACUUCUACACGAGGAACAAAAGAAGCAAAACAAAUUUUAUCAUCUUUUAAUGAAUAUUGUGAAAAGGAUGAACUAUAUUUCUCUAACAUGUUUGAAAAUGAUGAGAAAAUAAAAGAAAACACAUCAGUUGGUAGUGAAGCAAGUGGUGUGAAUAACGAAGUAAAGGAUGUAUGCACAAAUUUGAAUGCAUCUGAUGUAAAAAUAAAAGAAAAGGAUGAUAUCGAUUCUACUAAAGAUGUUUCAAAUAAAAAAAGAUCGUCAUUUUUUCGAAUAAAAUUAAAAUUAGAUAAUAUAAAAAUAGAAGAACUAAAUAGUAUCGAAACAGAUAAUCCACAAUCGACCCAUUUGCAUUUAAAGGAAGAUGAGCCAACCAUUGCUGAUAAGGUUGAUAAGGUUGAAAAGGUUGAAAAGGCUGAUAAGGCUGAAAAGGUUGACAAAAUUGACAAAACUGAUAAGGCUGAAAAGGCCGACAAAACUGAUAAGGUUGAAAAGGCUGACAAUAUAGAAGAAGAAUGUGGUAAUAAAAAUAAACGAAUAAAUCAGUGGGAAAAUAUAUUAAAAAAUAAUAUAUUAAAAAAUUUAAAAUGUGAUAGCAAUUCUGUUUAUUUUACAAUACCAGUAUUAGAUGAUAAAAAUAUAAAUGAAGAAAUAAAAAAAGAAUAUAAAAUAAAAAUAAAAAAACCAAUGGAUUACACUACAGUUUCUAAUAAUUUAUUAAAUGGAAUAUAUAAUCAUCCUAAUGAAAUUUAUAAUGAUAUAAAACUUAUUUAUAAAAAUUGUUUAUUUUUUAAUCCUGAUAUAUCACAAAAUCAAUAUAUUAUAAAUGCAGCAAAAAAUAGUGAUUAUAAGUUUGAAAAUUUAUGGAAUAAAUGGAAAGAUAAAAUAUAUGAUAACUAUUAUGAUGUGAGUAAUAAAAAUGUUAAUAUUAAUAAUUAUAUUGAUUAUUUUAAAAAAAAAAAAAUAAAAAAUAAAAAAUAUACUAAUAUUUAUUCUAUAUGGAUAAAUUAUCUAAUAAAUAACAAAAUUAAUAUAACCGAAUUUUGUAAAAUCAGAAAUAUAGAUAUUCAUGAGUUAAAAAAAAAAACGAAAUCGCUACCAAGUGUAGAAAAGGUUAAUUUGGCGGAAAGUGGUUUAGCGGAAAGUGGUUUGGCGGAAAGUGGUUUGAUGGAAAGUGGUUUGGUGGAAAGUGGUUUGAUGGAAAGUGGUUUACUUUUCUCCAUUUUUAAAGAAGAAUAUAAAAAAAUAUACAAAAAAAAUAUACCCUCUCGUUUUCUGGAAAAUAAAGAAGAACGAAAUUAUGAAUGCAUAGACAAUUGUGAGAGUGAAAAAAAAAAAAAAAAAAUAUUCUUAAAAAAUAAAUUAAAAGAAAGAGAUAAUUUUCAUGAUGAGAAUAAAAAAGAAAAAGACAAUUUUCAUGAUGAGAAUAAAAAAGAAAAAGACAAUUUUCAUGAUGAGAAUAAAAAAGAAAAAGACAAUUUUUAUGAUGAGAAUAAAAAAGAAAAAGACAAUUUUUAUGAUGAGAAUAAAAAAGAAAGAUAUCCUAAGAUUUUGAAAAAUUGGAAAAAAAAAUAUAAUAAUAUUAUUUAUUUUUAUGAAAAUAUAUUUGAUAGCUAUUUAGAAAAUAAAGAAAGCUAUAUGAUAAAAUGUGAAAAUAAUACAUUUUUAUCUAAUUGUUUUUAUUUUCAAAAUGUUUUAGAUAAUUUAGACGAUUUUAUAUACAUUCCAGAGAUGUGUGGUAAAACUAACAUUCAAAAUGGUGAAAAUAUGACUAAAAAUGGUGAAAAUAUGACUAAAAAUGGUGAAAAUAUGACUAAAAAUGGUGAAAAUAUGACUAAAAAUGGUGAAAAUAUGACUAAAAAUGGUGAAAAUAUGACUAAAAAUGGUGAAAAUAUAGCUAAAAAUGUACAUGUUAGCGAUGUUAGCGAUGCUAAAUUAGUGGAUAGCAGUGCCCAGUUAAAUGUUUGUGAAAACGUUGUAAAUAUUAAUGAAACUAGGGAACGUAAUAAAAGAGAAUUUGAAAAUCAUAGUUCUAUAUCUAUAAAUUUAAAAAGAAAGAAAAGUGAGGAUAUCCAUAUCCCCAUUUGUCGAGAAUUCCAAGAGAGCUCGGAUUCUACUGACACGGGCAAGGUUGAAAAGGUGGCAGAAUCGGUAGAAUCGGCAGAUGUGGCAGAAUCGGUAGAUGUGGCAGAAUCGGCAGAUGUGGCAGAUGUUGACUCGACCACGCCAUCGCCUGUGCUUAGUUUGACCACCCCAUCACAUGCGCCUAGUUUGACCACCCCAUCAGCUGCGCCUAGUUUGACCACCCCAUCAGCUCUGUUUAACAUAAAUAAUAAAAACUUUUACAAUUUUCAUGGAUUAUUUGAUAAGAUGUCAAAUUAUAACAAAGAAACGUUUUUAAAAAAAGAAAAAACAAUUCUAAUAAAUUUAAAUUUAAAUUAUAGCACAAUAGAAAAUUCAUCCUAUUCUCAUAUCAAUAAUACAUAUUUUUAUAAUUAUAAUUUUGAUAGCAACUUUUUUUUUAUUAUAAAAUCGGGUUUUAAACUAAAUAUAUAUAUAAAGAUAAAGAGAACAAAUAUUUAUAUAAAUAAUGAAAAUUAUGUUGAACAUUUAAAAAUAUAUUUAAUAAAUAAAUGCAAACAAAAUAAGAAGAUUAAAUUAUAUAUAUCCAAUAAUUCACCAGCUAAAAAUAACAAUAAUUUUGUAUCUUUUUUAGAAAAAGCUUUUAACGAUUUACAUACACAACCCUUCCCUAACAAUUCAAUUAGAAUACAUGAUUCUGUGAAUAAGCUUUCAGGACUCAUUUCACAGAUUCAAAUGUACAUAAAGAAAAUUGACGCACUUCUAAGGAUAGACAAUAAUAAAGAGUCGAACAUGACAAUUAUAAACAUUUUGAAAAAAAAAAUAAUAAAAUAA